AAACCUCCCAGUGCCAUGGCGAGAGGAGGUCUAGCGAACAGCUGAUGGAGGAGCCAGUCUGAAUUUGACAUGUGCGGAGUGCAGACCUCGCUCACCUCGCUCACCAAGUGUUAAAAUGACCCGGACAGAAUCGUUGUGUGUCGUGGCCUUACUUACGGCUAUCGUAUGGUCGAACGUAGGAGCUAUAGAGGGUUCGGAUAGUUCGAGAGGAGCUGUUUAUCACAAUCAGUUCGCAGUUCACAUACCUGAUGGUGCUUUGACAGCUAAUGAGAUUUCGGCGAAGUAUGGAUUCGCAAAUCUCGGCCAGAUCGGUGCAUUGGAGAACUACUUCCUGUUCGAGCACCCGCAUGUGCACAAGAGAUCGGCAGACCCCGCGCAUGAGCACCACGGGAAUCUCCACGCAGACCCUAA